AUCUAGAAGAGUCGUUUCCCUAUCUCAUCUGGCCGCUACCUGUAUUUGUUCCCCUUUUCUGAUUCCACCCACAAUCUUGUUCCUCCUCCGUCUUGAACUGCUCUGCUCUGGCCGGCGAUCGUCAAGAUCCGUCCGAGAAAAUCCAAUCCAGACGCCGAUUCAGGUUCCCCAAGAGCUGCCUCCUCGACCGCAAACCCAUCCCCGGAUUGGAUGGAUUUGUAUUUUGGGUCGCUGCUUCCGCCUGAUCUCGACGAAGGCGCCGAUGCCGAUCCCCCCAAGAGCUGCCUCCUCGACCGCAAGCCCUUCAUCGGCAAGCGCACCAACGCCACCACCGCCACCUGCAGAAUCCAGGACGACGUUGCAAUUCAGGUCUCCUUCUUCGCCGCCCACCCGCCUUGCAUGUCCUACAUCCUCGCCUGGUCCAGCGGGACUUGUUUCACCGACGAGCCCGUCGUCCUCUCUACAGACGGCGGGCUUAUUCUUCUCAGCUUUGCCAUCCAAACUGAGAGAUUCCCGUUUUCCGACUACUACAUCUACCAGCCAAGCGCUCCGUCGCUCCAUCUGAUCCCGCAGCCCAGUGGCAGGCGCUUGGUCGACGACCUCUGCAGAGCCGCCCUCCUCUCUCACGGUCGUGGCAGCAGCGGAUACCACGUCGUCACGCUAACCAUGGAGGCGGAAGGAGAGUUCCACCUCUACGUCUUCAGCUCCGACACGCAAAUCUGGACCCUGAAGAAGCCCGUCUUGAUACUGGAGGAUGGAGCACCCAAGCUUGCCAACUACAUGACCUACAAGGCUAUCCCCCUUGGCGGUGGUUCCAUGGCAUUCGUGGACUUGUGGAAUGGCAUCCUCAUCUGCAACGUGCUUGACGGGGGUGAAAGCCCUGAGCUCCACUAUCUACCGCUGCCAUCAACAGGACUCUGCCAACCAUCGCCCAGCUGCUACCCAUUGAGCCCUCGCGACAUCACCAUCAACGUCAACGGGCAAGGCAAAGGCGAGACCAUGGACAUCAAGUUGGCUGAGGUGGUGUAUCCCUUCAACUCCGAGGGUUGGUGCACUGACACGUGGGUUGCCACCACCAUGGCUAUUAGUCCUUGGCGCAAACUCAAAGGUUGGCACAAGGAAUCCACUCAUGGCUCAGAACUCUCGCUGCCUGAAGGCCUCAACCUUGCUGGACUGCUGGACUUGAACACUCUUGGUUGUCUCUUUGUUGAUAUGCCCAUGUUGAGCUUAGACCAAGACAACGUUGUGUGCUUCAUGGCUAAGAAUGAUAUCGAUGAUUACCAAGCAUGGUUGAUUGCUGUCGACAUGGCAAAGAAGAAGCUGCAGGGAGUCAGCCUUCUGGAGGUUGAAAGAAGCCCAUCACUAUUCUACAGCAGCAUCUCCGACCAUCUCAUUAUGACCGCGCCUGCCAAAUAUCAUUAAUUUGGUGUUGUAUAACUAAUUUGCAACAAUGCACAAACCAAGCUAAGUACCCUCAAAGCGGCCCAUGGCCAUCAUAUGCCGGUCCAAAGGGAGACCUGAAACGGCAUGGGGAUCUGCUAGAGUCAUAUCCUCUCAAGAAGCGGCAGCAUGUACAUGUGGUGUCUUCUUUGGUAGGUGAACACGGUCAGGGCUUCAUGGGAGCUCAUGAUGCGGAUGCCAUGGACUCGUAACAAGAGUGAGCUUAUGAAGGAUUCUGGCUGCGUGUAUGAGGGCUUCUAGCUGCUUUAGUAAGGACGAAGAACACUAGUGCAUCCAUGCUGGUUGACAGUAAGGAUGAAGACUAGCAAUUAGCUCUUAUGCGGACACUGGACUAGCUAUUUGUCUUGUUAUCUGAUAUAACUCUGCAGUGACAUUAUAUAUUGGUUGUAAUCGACAGUGCAAUUGAUGUUUCCUCGUUUAGUUGGCCAUUGGGCGUCGAAUAUUUUUUGAUAUGUUUCAUUAGUGUCUGUUAA